GUAAACGUAAACCCAGGCCUCCCGUACCGUCACUUCACGCUCGGUUCUUGAAUCAGUCGAGGCAACGCCGUCGAGACGAGUGUUGCUUCCUCUUUCCUUCGAUCGAUCGAUCGCGAUCGCGGAUUCACUUCGGACAUAUUUCGUCUUUGGCUGGAAUUUUUUAUUUUUUUCUUUUCUUCGAGGUUUUCGAGGUGAUUUCACCCGUGACACCGAAGAAUCAUCUGGCUUAGCUGGGACGAUCCGAAAAGAUUUCGAGGAGGCGCCAUCAGAAUUAGAAGGAUAAAAGGGGAGAAUCAUGGAAUCCUGGCUGAGCGACGUGCAACGCGUGAGAAUUCCACGGCCGAAAUUCGGCAGCGGGAACUCGGUGAGGCGGUCCAAUUCCACGGUGCAACACGUGCGGCCGGAAGUGCUCUCGCGGCAGACCCAGGACGUGGCGAAGGCCACCGAGGAGCUACGACAAGCGCUCCAGGACAAGCUCUGACUAGGUGAUCAUCGAUUGGGGGCCACCGUAAAUUGAUCGAGCAAACAAACCCGUGUUCGAGGAUCAUCGUUCAAGGAUUUCACGCGCGCCUCGAGUGUA